AUGUUGAUCCUUCCACACGUAUUGCAUCUCUUGCUUCUACUACCGAUAGUAAGAAGUGGAUCCUCUCAGCAAUUCCCAAUAAGUCUGACGCCUCAAUCACAUACAGAUGUGUUUCUGUCGGAAAUCGAAAGCCAUAUUGAACCAACGAGUCUACGGCCAAAUGAACUCAAAAAAUCUACAGAGGCCACAUCUGCUCAUGAGAAUUUGAGCAAUGAUCAACUCAAUCGUGGCCUCAAAGGUGAAAAAGGAGAGCUGAGAAUUGAAAGUACCACUUCUAUUUCUAAGAGCCUCGGAGUAACAGUGCCUGAUUCGAAACUCGAGAAAGCUGCCACAACUCUUUCGAAAGCAACAAAAUCAAGUGUCAGCGAUGAAUGUAAAUUUGUGUCAUUUGAAGAGUGGAAGAAGCUGAAGGAAGCAGAGCACAAGAACGAACAGACAUCAUUGAGCAGCAGCGAAACACAGAAAGCAUCCUGUUCAGAGAAAGAUUUAAAGGAGAUUUCAACCCAGACUUCUCCGAAUAGCCCCGUUCCAGUGGAGGACCAUGGAAAAACCUACAAAGAUAAAUUUAAUUAUGCAUCAGUCAAUUGUGCUGCAACAGUAGUCAAGACCAAUAGCGAUGCGAAAGGUGCAUCUGCUAUAUUGACUGAGGUAAAAGAUUCGUACCUCAUUAAUAAGUGCUCCUCAGCAAAUAAGUUCAUAGUCAUUGAACUAUGUCAAGACAUCCUCAUCAACACUGUUGUGAUGGGAAAUUAUGAACUAUUCAGUUCCAUGUUCAAAGACGUCAAAUUUCUGGUUUCUGAAAGAUUUCCUGCCCUGGAUGGGUGGAGGGAACUCGGCCAAUUCGAAGCACAGAACAUCCGUGAUGUGCAGAGCUUUGAUAUAAAAAAUCCCUUGAUUUGGGCUCGCUAUUUGAAAAUUGAGAUUUUGAGCCAUUUUGGAAACGAGUUCUAUUGUCCGAUCUCCAUUGUAAGAGUUCAUGGCACGACAAUGAUGGAGGAGGUCAAGAACAAAGAGCAGACCAACGAGCUACCUGAUAUCUCAGAAUCAGAACAACAGGCUCUUUUAAACUAUACAGAUGAUUUGGAACUUGAAGAGUGCAAAGCACGACUUCCUCAUUUGGUUCUCAAUGACUUUUUGACUGAAUUGAACUCUACCAAAGAGUAUUGUGACUACAAAGACGCAAAUAAUGCUACUAUGGCCUCAGAAUCAAGCAUCAUUACCACACAGGAGUCGAUUUUUCAAAAUAUAAUCAAGAGACUCUCACUUCUUGAAUCUAAUUCGACUCUUUCAUUGCUCUAUUUUGAGGAGCAGAGUAAGCUCCUCUCUGAGGCAUUCAGUAAUCUGGAAAAACGCCUGAACAAAAGAUUUGAAAAUUUUGCACACCGUGUUAAUACUACGUUAGGGAUCCAAAGCUUAUUAAUGGAGCAAAGGGUACGCCGCGAGGUUCAAAACUUACUUGAGUAUUUCAAAAGAACGUCUUCCGAAACGGGCUCAGUCACAGACAAAAAGCUCAUAGCGCUUGCAAGAGAACUAUCAUUCCAACGCAAAAUCAUUUUGAUUGACACUAUCUUCAUCAUAUCGCUUUUGGUGUAUGUAACUUUAACUCGGGACACAAGGAUUAGUGACAAGCAGGAAAAACUCAACAAGGCAGCCAUUGACCCAACACCGUUCACGGUUGGAUCCAAAAGACAUAAAACAAAAGGAAGGAAGCGUCGGUAA